GGCUGGCCGGGGACCCAAGGCCCGCGGGGCUGAGAAGGGCAAGGGGGCCACCGGUCCCCGUCCACCGAGGGUGAGGACAGCGCACGAGCCGGGAACGAGCUCCGGGGAAGGGGCUCACCUUCCCACCCCCCGCCUCCCACGGGGUUCGUCAGCCACACGGCAGCUUCCGCCUUCUUCCCGCCUCCCCGCCGGCCUCUCCCGGGAGCCGAGAACGGGCGUGGACGGGACCGACGUGGACCCGCUUCUGGAUCUCGGACGGGCGGCUUCGGGUGUGGGGUCACGCCCAGCUGCGGGAGCUGCCAGGGCGGAUGCAGCCGGAUCGCCCCGGUGUCGGUGGAUUGGGGUCGGGCCGUAGCGGUUCCUAGGGGAGGAGCGGUGGAGAAACAUGGACCCCUUCGACAGCAGAGCCACCUAGUGCCGGAGCGGCCCUGCGCUCCCCCUCCCAGCUUCUCCGCACGCAGACGCGACAGGGCCGGCGGCAGGCAAACUGGAAGCCCAAGUUCGAGGUGGGCGCGGAAGAGACUGUCCGUGGUGCUGAGCCGGAUCUGGGCCACGGGUUCGCGGAGCUGCUGAGCCUCACCAUCCAAAUGUGGCUGCGGACUCGGGUCGAUUCUAGCUGAAACUCCCUGUCCCCCCUCUGCAGACCGCCACGCUUCCCCUGUCUCAGGCGCUCGGCCCUUCUGUCAUUCCCGGGGGCAUUUUGUCCCGAAGGGUUUCCUCGAAAGUAAGCACGCAGCGCUUGACCGGGCAAUCUCUCCGUUUAGUCCCUGAAAUCACUAGCAGAAAAAGAUGACUGCCCUCAACAGAUUGUUACCCCUGGCUUCCCUGGUGCUCAUCUGCUGGGUCAAUGUCUGCUUCCCUGUGUGUGUGGAGGUGCCCUCGGAGACGGAGGCUGUUCAGGGCAAUUCCAUGAAGCUUCGCUGCAUCUCCUGCAUGAAGAGGGAGGAGGUGGAGGCCACCACGGUGGUGGAGUGGUUCUACAGGCCUGAGGGCGGUAAAGAUUUCCUUAUCUAUGAGUACCGAAAUGGCCAUCAGGAGGUGGACAGCCCCUUUCAGGGGCGCCUGCAGUGGAAUGGGAGCAAGGACCUGCAGGACGUGUCCAUCACUGUGCUCAAUGUCACCCUGAAUGACUCUGGCCUCUACACCUGCAAUGUGUCCCGGGAGUUUGAGUUUGAGGCACAUCGUCCCUUUGUGAAGACUACGCGACUUAUCCCGCUUCGAGUCACUGAGGAGGCUGGAGAGGACUUCACCUCGGUGGUCUCAGAAAUCAUGAUGUACAUCCUCCUGGUCUUCCUCACCUUAUGGCUACUCAUUGAGAUGGUCUAUUGCUACAGGAAGGUCUCAAAGGCUGAAGAGGCGGCCCAAGAAAAUGCGUCUGACUACCUUGCCAUCCCAUCUGAGAACAAAGAGAAUUCUGCAGUGCCGGUGGAGGAAUAGAAGCUAGAGGAUGUGGCAUGAGGUGAAGGGGAGGGAGAAGUGGAUAAAAGUGGAAGAAUUUACAGGGUACCUCUGUCACCCAUCCUUAGGUCAAUCCCUACCCCACCCAACGCCCCCACCUUCUGAGUACUUCUUUAAGUUAAUGUCCAUCACAAAAUUGUGUGAUAUUAAUGCCUCAGAAAGAGGGUUGCUAAAGAGAAAAAAGAAAAAGAAAGAGGGUUGCUUUGGCUGAAUGUUGGGGCAACCUAAACAAACUCCUUAGUUCAAAGGCAUAAUAAAUACCGACAUCCUUGUUUGUAAGAAUCAUGGAUUUGGUCAAAGAAUCUUUGUGCUAGGUUGAGCUGGGCACUCUCCGUGAGCUGCUUCAUUGACAGGGGGCUGAAUGCUGAGGGACUGGAUAUCCCAGAGUCAGUGAUGUCAACGGUAUCUGGAGGGUGCCCUAGGGGCCCUAGCACUUCCCUUUAUGUAUCCAUCCUUCUGUCCAUUCAUCCACCCAUCCACUCAACUUUCAUCUUUGAUAACCUAAUUCAGUUAGACCUCUGGGUACCAUGACUUUGCCAGAAGAACCGAGGAGGCAACAUCCCUACAUGCCCUCAAUUUCACCCCGUCUGGCUUUCAAGAAAGCAGCUCCCUCUACAACUCUUAUCUCUUCUGUGUUCCAAAUGACUUUGAACAAGUACUGGAACUAACACCUCCCAGUUCUCACCUGGCUGGAACUGGCCCUUUCUCUGCUACAAGAGAAUGGACACGCCAGUGAAAGAAGUCACUGUGGGAGUGAUUAGUGCAGGCCAAGACCUCAGUCAUGAAGCGGAAUGCUUUGAAACAUCCCCGCCCCCGUCCCUGGCCCAUUUAGCAAGAGCACAGAGCAAAGCAUGUCCCACUAGGUCUCCAGUUUUAGAAAUAUUAAGAAUGAUCUUAAGGCUACUCUUUGUAGCCUGUUGGAUGCCCCAGGGUUGGAUGCCAAGGAAAGAUGAUUUAGGAAAGACUGUUAAAUUUGUUUCUUAAAAACAUGUUCUUGAUACUAAUGGUAUAAUAUGAGGAAUCCUUAAAAGUGUGUGGAAAAGGGAAUACAAUCAUGAAAUUGCUCCACAAACUUUAUGAAGGCCCCCAUACACACUGUGUACUCCCUGCGCGAGCACACAGCCACGAGAGAGCUGGGAGGCAUUUGCCCAUCCCCCUGGGACGGAACUUCCCAAGGGUUUUGUUUUUCCCAAAUGUUCUGUGGUUCAGUGUUAUUCCUCAUCUUGCAGGACUUAACUGGUGACUUCAGCGGACUAACUAGAGAAGAUGAGAUCACUUUGUUUUGUAAAACUUGGAAACGAAUGGGGUAGCUGCCUAGCUGAGCCUAAUGAUAAGGUCGGGCAACUGGCCACAAAGGUACAGUGGAUAUGAGGUAGACCUUCCUGUGAGUCAAGAUCUGGGAAUCUGGAACAUUCUCCAUGUUUCAUCUGAGUGAUACAUAAAUGGUGUUCUAGUCUGAGACAAGUGAUGAGCCAAUGUGAAGUCAGAGGGGAGGGAUGCUUUAGGUGGCUUGAAAUGUUUCACCUGUGAACCCAUAUAACGGGGUCCUCCUCCUCUGGGGAGAGCAGAAGAACAUUAGGACAUUUUUACUUACUAUCUCAUGUUUUAUCUUAAUUGAUGGAGUGACUGGUCAAACUACGGGGUCCUUCAGUGCCUACUGAUGAGAGUGGUAUGAUACUUUAAGGGACUUCUCAUUGGAAUUGGAUGAGGGACGUAUCCUUUGGCUCUCUUAUCUGUGGGAUCUAUGGGGAAAGAUCACGCUCCAUUUGGCUUUGCCACCUGAUAAGUUUGACAUCUUUUUUCCUCUUUCAUCCAUCCCUGAGGAAUUGAAAUAAAUCCUUGAGCAUGCAUUCAAGAGUCUAAUUUUACUGAAGAGAAUGCAUUCCUUCACUAAAUUUAAGGCAGUCUGCAUAGGUAAUGUAUGGCACAACCCCUGUAAACAGGGGCAGCCAGUAGAUAAUUCUUCUGAUGUUAGAGCAAGCUGCCUGCAGUAAUGUGAGGUUUUUCCUGGUCACGUGGCUGGUUCUUGGUAGAGUUUGCAAGCUACCAACUGUCGGUCCACUUUCCUCUUUAGCUACCGUAGACUGCAUCUAAUUUGCAAUCAAGUGAUAUGUAAUUUGCCUGGAUGAAAAAUGUUUAGUAAACCAGGGUCAGCCAAUGUUUCCUGAGUGAUUUCUAAUGAAGGUGAAUAGUACUCAGCAUUUCGUUGUUCUUUACAACGAAACUUCUCUAUUCUUUUCCUUCUUAUAACUCCUCCACUUACCUCAUCCUUUCAUUAGGGCUAGAUAGCUAAGAAAAUACUUUCAUUUCAAGCAUCUCUUCUGUACAAUUCACCCCCACAUUGCAAAUGCAAAAGCAGGAUGUUAUCAUUCAGGUCUUCUGGAUCCUAGUUCAGUUCUUAGCUCUUCUUUCUCUCGUGAACUUCCACCUACUAUGUGCUUCUCUUGCUUGUCCCGGUGUGUUCUGUCACCUUUUCUCAACCCGAAGCCCAUCGUACUGCUCCUCAGUAGACGGGCUUUAGUCAGCCCGAGUUGGGCUCUCACUUCCACUGGAGUAUGCACACUUGUUUCCCCUGAAUCAUGCUUCCUGGGCGACUUGACCAUAACUGUGACCAGCAGCCUACUUCAAAUCCUCACUCACCUCUCAUUGCUCCCCUGUCCUCAGUAGGGCUGACUGAACGUGCAUUGCUCGGACAGUCCUACCUGGCACGUGGUCGCUCAGGUAAGGGCUCAGAAGGGUUAUCAAGGGCUAUGACCACUUUAGAAAUCCCACUUGUUGUCUUGGUGCUGGAGAUUUCCAGUGACUGAAUCUCAGCGACAAAACGCACUUAAUUCAUCUUCCCUUUCUUAGUGCUUGCUUGCCAGCCAUGUACUUGAUUAACUCAGUUGACCUUGAAAGCACAUUGCCCUGUACUUUUCCUGUCAGCCAAGCCUUACCUUACAGCCCCAACUCCGGUGUGAACAUACUUUGUCCGUACCUGUCCCUACUCUAUCUUUGGGUUUCACGUUCAUCUUGAAAACUUAAUCACCAACUUUAUUCCUCUCCAAACACCCACACAUUCAGACUAUUUAGUCUCUGAAUUACUAGUUUGUCUUUCAAUGUGGAAAUGGGACAAAACAUGGAAGGGUAAUUUUUCAAAGCAUGUAGAUGCUGGGAAAUGUGUAACCAAGUGAAUGGUUAAGAGACCACAGUAUCCUCUCCUCCUACCUGAAAAAAACCCAUAAAAACCACUGAUUAAAAGGGAAAACAUACCCAUUAUAAAAUCUGUAAACCCAACUUUGAUGUUUAUGGAAAUGAAAAAAAAAGCCUUUAUCUCUUUCAUAAAUGAAAAGCCCCCAUCUCAAUGAAUGUACCUAGUAGUUCCAAAUAUAUCUGAAUAGUACGCACUCUAUGUUUGUCGUUCCAACCCUCCUCUCCUUCGACAUAGGAUAGCACUCCUUGGUGUCAAACAGUAGUCCAGACCACAUUGUGUCCCGUGGUUUUAGGUAUGAAAAAUAUUAUCAUGCAAAUCUUUCCAUCUCCAAGAUUCUAAUGUGGGUAACACCUCAUUUAGGUCAGCCUACUUUCUCAUCCUACCUUGAGUUUAGAAGCAGUACUGUGUCGGUGUGUACUUCUAAACCAGUGUGAACUACAGAUCAAACGCAACCUCUAGCAGAGGCUAGCUAAUCCUCAGAGCCAGUAAUACUCUCUCAUUGUAUGGCAAGAGCUGCAUCAGAGGGACAGUGUGUGGUGGGGAGGGAUGCACUGAGGGACAGGAGCCUACGUUUGGGAAACAUCAUCAGACACCAUCGACUGACGCCUACAGUCUUGCAAAGGAUGGACCCUUUCCACAGUAUCACCUUCUCCCUGCUUUUUCUUGAUUUUCCAGUCAGUCUUUUUCUGAGCUCUAGAAAUAAUUGUUCUUGAUAACUUAAGCCCUUGAAAACCAAUGCCUGUAUGUAGUACUUUUAUGUAAAUUCCCUGAUCAUCCAAUAAAAUAUACCUAAAAACGA